AUGGACAGAGACUGGGCUGAAAGUGGCUCGAUACAUUGGAUCAUGUCGUGUGUGCGCGUGCGCGGUCAUGCUACAGUGUCGACAUCGGCGGCCUGUCCGUGUGCCACAGCAGGGCGUCGCGGGGGUGUCACGGGGACGUCACGGGGGCGGGGCGGCAGCGGGGAGUGUGGCGUGUACCUCGUAACUCCGGGUCUUGUCGCGACACCACUGCAGCAAGCGCUCUUUUAUAGUGACGGCGCUGGCUUGCAGCGCGGGGUCCGUGAACUUGAAGUAAGGCUGCGACGGAGAGCCCGGGCUCUGCGGGCUCUUGGGCGAGCUACAACCGGGGCUCUAGUUAGGCUAGCCGCCCGCUGCAGCCACGCGCAGCGAGCGCUCCGCCUCUGCCGCAGUAGAGCCAGAGCUGUGCAGCAUCAGCUCUAUGUCUCUACCGCGGCAGUCGCAGCCGCAGCGCUGCUCGUCGCUGCACGGAUGGGCGACCAGCCCGCGCAUAGUCAUGGCGCUCGGUUAGUGUCGCGGCGUCGUAACGCGUCAUUAGCUUCGGUGCGCUCUCACAAUAUGUGUGCUGUUAUUGUACGCACUGUUAUUUACAUCGUAUUAAUGUCACGUGCUUCAGAGAUUGUCGAAGCGACGGUGUCGGCUUGUAUGAAUGUGGAUCUA